UUCCCUAAUUUUACCCAAUGUUUACCAAUAUAGUGUAUUCAAAGACUCCGAUAACAACUCGUCGUGAUAUUCAGUUUUAGAUAUACAAUACAGUUCAACCAAGAUCAAAUAUAUUUCACAUUUUAAGGGAAAUGUAAAAAUUAAAGGCUCUAUUUUCUACACAUAAGAAACAUAACAAUUGGUUUCUGAAAUUUAUCACAUAGAACACAUUUUAGUACUACAAUGAGAGCCAGUGAUUUUGUGUACGAGAAAGAAUUGGGGUUUGGCUCGUUUGGCCGCGUUUAUCGAGUGAGAUCAAAAUCAGACAACAAGUUGUACGUCAUCAAGGAACAAACUGGUCGAUCUACUCCCAAGAUGGUGACGAACGAGAUUGAAAUAUUGAAAAAAAUGCGUCAUCCAAACAUCGUUGCUUAUUACGACUCUUGGAGGGAAGAUAAUAAAGGUUUCAUUUUAAUGGAAUAUGCUUCGCGUGGAACGCUCAAGCAACUUCUCCGGUCAUACAACAAGCCGUUUCCAGAAGAGGAUGCUCUCUAUCUCUUCGCUCAAAUUGCUCUGGGCAUACAUCACAUUCACAAGCGGUGGGUACUUCAUCGCGAUUUAAAGCCUGGCAAUAUAAUGUUGCACGGAUCCCGCGGUGACAUUGUGAAAAUCGGUGAUUUCGGAAUAGCUAAAAACGUCGAAAACGGAACCGCACGGACCUUCGCUGGAACCGAGCCGUACAUGGCUCCAGAAAUCUUUGAGGGGAAAAUAUACGAUUUUAGCUGUGACAUAUGGAGCGCUGGAAUCAUCCUGUACGAAUUGCUUACCAAUAGAUACCCUUUUGUCACAAAGAAUCGCCUCGAAAUGAUGGAGCAAAUUAACCAAGGACGAUUGAGAAGAUUACCGGAGGGCGAUCUUAGUUCGGGAACAAUCGAAUUGACUUACAAAAUGUUAAGAAGAGAUCCUUCGAGGAGACCUCGAUCGGGCUUCCUGGUUCUUUGUCCCGCCCUUUUGCAACCGAUAAUGAAAGUUUAUCUGAAUGUUGGUAGAAUUGAAAAAGCAAUGAUACUCGGUACAGAGACAUUUGAAAAUUACAUGGAAGUUGGUCAAAAGAGUAUAUCCUGA